CUUCGCACGUGAAUAAUUUCAUAAUUAUAUAACAAAAAAUGUCUGGACGUGGUAAAGGAGGAAAAGUUAAGGGAAAGGCGAAGUCCCGUUCAAAUCGUGCUGGCUUACAGUUCCCAGUGGGUCGUAUUCAUCGUCUGCUCAGGAAGGGAAACUAUGCCGAACGUGUUGGAGCUGGAGCACCCGUUUAUCUGGCCGCAGUGAUGGAAUAUUUGGCCGCUGAAGUAUUGGAAUUGGCAGGAAAUGCCGCUCGUGACAACAAGAAGACCAGGAUUAUCCCACGUCAUCUGCAGUUGGCUAUCCGUAAUGACGAAGAAUUGAACAAACUACUGUCGGGUGUAACUAUUGCUCAAGGCGGAGUCUUGCCCAAUAUCCAAGCUGUUCUGCUACCCAAGAAAACCGAGAAGAAGGCUUAAAUCAACAACGACAUGAAAGUGCACUAAAAUCGAGAACCCAACCGUCCUUUUCAGGACGACAACAAAUUUUUAAUAAAGAGUUACAAUGAUUGAUUUUCCACCCUCCACUAAUCUAAAAAUCAAUCCACAGCAAUCACUGAAGGAGAGCGUCUGUUUCCAAACAGAUAUAAGUUAAUCGUUAUACCGAAUAGGAAAUAUUAAAGCAAACCUAAAAGUAUGCUGUUUUUUACCGCCCAUACAGUGUUUAACAUAGAAACGAAAAUAGGAAGAUUUGUCAAUGGAGAUGAGUUAUAAACCGACACGCAUAUCGAAAAUCCAACAUAUUUUCUUACAAUGGAAAUAUGCUUCGAUGUCUUGAAUUAUAACAAAGUAUCAACUCACAACAACUAAUGCUUCAAACAUUGCUUCGAAACAAAAUCGAAUUUCGACCUGAAAAUCAACAAAGGCAAGCAAUAUCAAUAUACGGGAGAAAAUUGCAAAGUUGAGCAAAACAUAAUUAUCCCAGGUAGCAGUGGAGAUUGGCUGAAAGAACCGCCACCGUAAAGUAUACCAGCUGCCAGUGAAUAACAUUUCCAGUAGGGCCAUUCCAUUCUCAUUCAACGAAACAUCAUCACUGUUAGAAAUCCACACUAAAAACGCAUAUUGACGGAUUGCAGCGAUGAAUUGUUAGGCUGUUAUGUACUUGAACUCAUCUAUGAAAUUUUAUUAUUUAGGCAACCUGAAUACCAAAGUUGAAAUUUAGUACUUCUGUUUGAAAUGCUCAAUAUAAAUUAAAAGAGGCAGUGUAGCUAAAGAAAAAACACUCGACAAAUAUUAAUACAUGUUAUAUUUUUUACAUUUUUCCGUGCUGGAACGAAAAAUCGUUCCGCAUGUAUUGUAACUGAGCUACGAUUGGACAAUCUUUAGAAAAAGAUCGAUUUUCUAAACAGCGUAGGGAUCAAUUAACUGAUUGAAUCGGUAUCAAAGAAUCGAUCUUAAAUCGAAAAAUCGAAUGACUUUUUUCCAAUUUAUGUAGUUAUUCUAUAAGUGUCGUCUUUUCUUAAAAUGCAAAAAAUGUAGAGACGACGAGUGGGUAGGAAUUAAAAUUCAUCUGUUAUAUUUUUCAUAUUUUUUAUUCUAGGCAUAAAGCAUGCUUAAAUUUUCUUUUACAGUUUCACAGAAUGUUCUUCUUCCGAGAACGAGAAUCGUUUUACGAUAGUAUAGUUUUCAUUUUUCGGUCUAAAACUAUGAUAUAACUGAGUUUUUGCGGAAAAUUGCUUCAAAUGAUUAUAACGGGUUUUAAGUUUUCUUUCUAUUGCUUUAUAACUUGUCGUCUCUACAUUUUUUGCAUUUACCUGAGAUACCUUUACCUGAUACAUGUUUUUCAUUGUCCUUAAUAUCUACCGAUUACUAUACUUAUUCCUAUUUUCUACUCAUUAAGCUACCUGCCCAAAAACAUGUUAACUUUCAAAAAUCAUAACUCAAAAACUAAAAAAACUCCUCUCUGAAUUUUGGAUAUGUUAUGUAAAAAAAAACUCAGCUUUCAAGAGAAAAUAUAAAAAAAUAUAGCGCCAUUGGUACCGAAACCAUGUAAGCUAUAAAAAAUGAAUACAAUGAAUAAUAACGGUUAGCUUUGAAAAAUCAUAGCUUAAAAACAAAAAAAACUCCUCUCUGGUUUCGAGAUAUGUUCUGUAAAAAAUUCUUAGCUUUCACGAAAAAAAAUAUAUAUAAAUAUAGCGCCAUUGGUCCCGAGACCAUGAAAACUAUAAAACACAAAUACAAUUAAUAAUAACGAAGCCAAAAGUCAAAUUUUAUGCAACUCUGGUAUUUUUUCAAAAAAGAUCAGCUAUAAGUAGAUAUGUCGAUCAUCUAAAUCGGCUCAGUAGUUAUGAAUUUUUCAAGAAGUAAGUCUUUGAAAUAAGUGGAAAAAUUUGAA